AUGGGCGAUAAAAAGCCAGUUAAACCAGUGAUUGGAGCCGAAGGCGGUCUUCCAGAACCUCAAGAUGGUCCAUCUCAGUCUAGCUCAAUGGGAGCCCAAUCGGAAGUUUUGCAAUUGGUACAGAUACUAACGGGUGCCUUGAAGAAAGGAGAUGAUGUAAAAAGAAAUGUUCGACCUCCUCGUGUAUAUUCAGUGGGACAAAACUUCAAAAUUUGGCAUUCUCAGUUCGUUCAAUAUGCUGGAUUAGUGCAAAUCAACGAGGUGGACCGCCGAGCGUAUUUACUAACACAACUCGAUCAACCGGCUUUCAAAGCAGUGGAGCUGUUAAAACUACCUCCAACGCUUAGCUACCAGGAAUUCGUGGAUAAGUUAAUUCAACGGUUUGAUUCUGGAAAAACAAAAGAAGAUUACAAGCUUCKAUUACGAGCGCGAAGACAYAAMGUUGGCGAAGAUGUUGACACGUUUGCGGACGCCUUGGUCGAUUUGGCUGAAAAUGCAUACCCCGAGGCUGACUAUGUGUUGAAGGAAGAGUUGGCCAGAGAUCAAUUUAUUCAAGGAGUUUCUGUCUCCGAUGAGAUGCGAGAAAAGAUCUUUAUGAGUCAACCAUCAUCUAUUGUAGAAGCUGUUCGCCUUGUACGACGUCUAGAGAGCGCUCGUAAAGCAUGUAUGCAAACAAAUCCACCUAAAGAGAAGUCUAAGGAUCGAGUAAGUGUCAUUACGGAAGAUAAAAUAUCUAAAGAAUUAAAGGAACUUAAAGAUCUGGUGUUGGAGAUGAACAAACGAAUCCAAAGUUUAGAGGAAAGACAGGAAAAGAAUGAGACGAAAUCUACAAGUGGCGCRCGUAGGCGUGACAACGUUGUUUGUUUUACUUGUAAGAAUCCCGGUCACUUUGCAAGAGACUCUAAUGGAAAAGGCUUGGAAGUUCUAGGAGAGACAAAGAUUAGAUUUCGUUUUGGAGAUUGUGAUCUUGUGUGGCCUGUUAUUGUUGUGCGUGACCUGACUCAUGAAUGCAUUAUUGGAUCUGACUUCUUUCAGCACUUUGGAUGUCAAAUCAACUAUGAAACAGGAACAUUUGUGGUCRAAGGCAGUGAAAUUCCAAUAAGGUAUGAGAAACGAUUACCAUCAGUUUGUAGACUUUACUUAAACUCUAAUGUCGAACUGUUAGCUGGAUCAGAACAAGUUGUAGACGUAAGGGUGGAAGGGGGAUUUGAACACAAUAUGGGAAGCCCAGGGAUUUUGGAAGAUUCCUAG